AUGGAAUAUUCGUCCUUCUCAUCGUUUUCACCUUCUUCUUCUUCCUCCGACGACGACUCUAUUUUCCGUGGCAUCACUCACUGUCUAUGGUGUCAUUGGUUCGACGACGACUUCAAGGCUAAGACGAUGGUUACCGGCGACGAUCAUCAUUUCCAAUUUCUUCUGGACGACAUUCCUCAUUUCACCCAUUAUCUGCCCUCUCAUCAUCUCAAGGCACAUUCAAAUCCAUUACAUAACCAUCCUGCCUAUUCCACUGUUGACCAAUACUAUGUGGAUGUGGAUGAUGUUGUUGCUCAAAACAUUGUUGCUGGAAAGAAUGCUCAAAAGUGUGGGAGAUAUUUUCGACUUGCUGGACCUCGCCAAAAGGUGUUUUUUGAACCCCAAGAAGUACAUGCUUGCAUUGUAACAUGUGGGGGUUUGUGUCCUGGCCUUAACACCGUGAUUCGAGAAAUAGUAUGUGGAUUGCAUCAUAUGUAUAGAGUCCACAAUGUCGUUGGUAUUCAGGGAGGGUAUAAAGGAUUUUAUAGCAAAAAUACAAUUUCACUUACACCAAAGUCAGUGAACGGCAUUCAUAAACGUGGUGGCACAAUUCUUGGUACAUCAAGAGGUGGUCACAAUACAUCCAAGAUUGUUGAUAGCAUUCAACACAGGGGAAUCAAUCAGGUUUAUAUAAUUGGAGGGGAUGGAACUCAAAAAGGAGUUGCUGCUAUUUACGAGGAAAUUAGAAAGCGUGGCCUCAAAGUGUCGGUAGUUGGAAUUCCAAAGACGAUUGACAAUGAUAUUCCAGUCAUAGACAAGUCAUUUGGUUUUGACACUGCUAUAGAAGAAGCUCAACGUGCCAUUGAUGCUGCUCACGUUGAAGCCGAAAGUAAUGAGAAUGGUAUUGGUGUAGUGAGGCUAAUGGGACGCAAUAGUGGGUUUAUAGCUAUGCAUGCGACGCUGGCUAGUGGAGAUGUAGAUUGUUGUUUGAUACCGGAGUCACACUUUUAUCUAGAAGGAGAGGGUGGUUUGUUUGAGUAUAUUGAACACUGCCUGAAAGAACAAGGUCACAUGGUUAUGGUCAUAGCUGAAGGUGCAGGGCAAGAGCUUAUUUCCAAAGACAAAAACCAAAUGGAUGCUUCUGGAAAUAAGCUACAUGAAGAUGUUGGUUCUUGGUUAUCCCAACAAAUUACGGAUCACUUUAAGGGGAAGGGGAACAUUUUAAUAAAUCUAAAAUACAUAGAUCCUACUUAUAUGAUUCGUGCAGUUCCAAGCAAUGCAUCAGAUAACAUAUAUUGUACCCUUCUGGCACAUAAUGCCAUUCAUGGUGCAAUGGCAGGAUACACGGGUUUCACUGUUGGUCCAGUCAAUGGAGAACAUGCUUACGUACCAUUCCAUCGAAUAACUGAGAGGCAAAACAAAGUUGUGACAACUGAUAGAACGUGGGCAAGACUAUUGUCUUCUACCAACCAACCAACUUUCUUGAACCCCAAACAAGUCGAUAUGAUCAACAAAGACAAAAAAAACUUCACAAGACAAUCUGAAGCCAUUUGCUAA